UUUCUUAUUUUUAUGGCUACCCAAAGAUCAAUUUCCUAAAGUAUUACAAAACCCAAGGUUAUCAAGACUAUGAUUUGCGCUUGUCCACUGUCCUUAUUGACAAACGUAAAAGGUCAAGUAUGUCACAAUGAUCACAUCAUAUUAGGCGACUACUCACAAAGACUAGAAAACAUGAAGGUGCUUUCUCGGGUUUUAAUUUUGUUGGCUAUAGCAGGAGUCGUUUAUUUGCAUGAAGGAUGUAUCAGCGGUGAGGAAGAGCAAUGGGCGAAAAUAAUGCUAUCGUACCCUUACGAAUGCUUUGAUCCGCAAUUUUUAUUAGAGAUGUUGACGUGUUUUGAUGCGCCGCAUAAUAAUCUUACCUAUGGAGAAGGAAUCAAUGAAUGUGUGACUAAAUACUACGCGUUGAGCGGAGUUGUUUGCAGAAGUAAUUGUACCGAAAUGUUGAAUGAGCUACUGUAUAUGGCUGUUCGAAAAUACGAUUUUAGUUGUUACAACCAAAAAUUUCUGCAAGAGUGGUUCAAAUGCCUUUACGACAUUCGUAAAAGUGCUGAAUGCCCAGAAAAUGGUUACAGUUCGUGUACCACACAAUUUAAGGAUCUAGCCCUAUAAAUUAUAUUUUCCUUCAAACCAAACGUGUACACACUGUUUAAUUACGUUCGUAUGUAACCCUGAUUUGUAUUUAGUUUUAAGUGUGACAAGUUGCAUAUUGUAUUUAUAAACUACGCAUACAAUGUUGUGCAGAUAAA